AUGUUGAUAUCACAACCGUCUAUUCGAGCCUUUGCGGCAACAACUCUCCUUGCAAAUUACUGUUCUGCUGAAUGCUGGCGAAACACGACCUGCAAUGGACCAAGCUCUGCUUCGUUCCCAGGAGUUUGGGACCAGUACAACUAUGCUCCCACUUCUCGUAACGUCACACCAAAGUACAUCUUAUCCUCACCAUCUGGAGCUGCAAUCUCCAAUUUUACCGCACCGGUCAAUCUUUCCAGCCAAAUCGACGGCCUGGUCUUCGACUUUGGCGUCGAAGUAGGUGGCAUCGUGACCAUCGACUACAAGCUCUCCCAGUUCACCAACGCCACUCUCGGCCUCGCUUUCACAGAGGCGAAAAACUACAUUGGUCGCAAGUCAGACAACUCGAAUGGUGGUACCGGACAAGACGGCGCUCUCGCAUACAACAUCACCUCGGACGCAGCGGGAACCUACAUCAUGCCCGAUCCGAAGCUACGCGGCGGCUUCCGGUAUCUGACCUUAUUUCUCACGCCAUUCGACUCAUCGUCCGCCGUCUCGCUGGAGAUUCGCAAUAUCAGUCUGGAGAUGAGCUUCCAGCCGACAUGGUCCGAUCUUAGAGCCUAUCAGGGAUACUUCCACUCCAGCGACGAGCUCCUCAACAGGAUCUGGUACAGCGGGGCGUAUACCAUCCAGACGAACUCCGUGCCGGGCAAGACUGGUCGCGUGUCUGGGACAAGUGGACGCACGAGCUGGCAGAAUGACGCUUACAUUGGGCCCGGGGAGACCGUCCUUCUGGAUGGAGCGAAGCGUGAUCGCUGGGUCUGGAUUGGGGAUAUGGGGACUGCGGUGCCUUCUGCAUUUGUGAGCACCGGCGAUAUGGAGAGCACGAAGAAUGCCCUCUUGGCGAUCUACAACUACCAGUCUGCCGACGGUACUUUGCCAAAAGCCGGUCCACCAUAUCUCUCGAAGGAUAGCGACACAUACCAUCUGUGGACACUGGUUGGCACUUACAACUACUUCUUGUACACCGGCGACACGGACUUCAUGACUUCCAUCUGGCCCAAGUACCUCAAAGCAAUCAACCUCAGUAGAAGCAAAGUCUCAGACAAGGGAAUCAUGAACGUGACUGGCGCCGCGGACUGGGGCCGAUGGACAUACUCCACUGAGCGCAGCUCAGCAAGCAUGCUAGUGUAUCGAGCCCUGCGCACCGGCGCCGACAUCACCUCUUGGUCUCCUACCCUCACGAACGCGAGCAGCUACCAGAAAGACUGGACAAGCGCCGCGAGCAAGCUGCAAGCGUCCAUCAUGACUGAGCUAUGGGAUGAAAUCAAGGGGGCGUUCAAGGAAAGUCCCGACAACACGUCGCUGUAUCCACAAGACGCGAACAGCAUGGCAGUCGCCUUUGGUGUCGUCUCCGCAGAUAGCGCCGAAGCGCAAAAGGUGUCCGACUACCUCGAAUCAAACUGGACCCCGAUCGGUCCUCACUGCCCCGAACUCAAAAACAACGUGUCGCCAUUCAUCUCCAGCAUCGAGAUCGCCACGCACUUCCGAACGGGACGCCCCGAUCGGGCCUUACAGCUUAUCCGAGACGCGUGGGGCUGGUACCUGAACAACCCCAACGGCACGCAGUCUACCGUCGUGGAGGGGUAUCUCAUCGAUGGAACAUGGGGCUAUCGAGGAGAUCGCGGGUACCGGAACGAUCCGUCUUAUAUCUCGCAUGCUCAUGGGUGGAGCAGUGGUCCAACUUCGACUAUGACGGAGUAUCUUGUCGGACUGAGGGUCACCAAGCCCGGCGGAAGCGAGUGGCAGCUCAAGCCUGUGCUGAGCGAGCUCCUGGAAGCCGAGGCUGGGUUCACGACGAGCUUGGGCAAGUUUUCUGCAAAGUUUACCGUUGGGGAUGAAGGAACGGCUGUCGUUGAAUGGGACACACCGGCGUCGACUCGGGGAUAUUUGGUGCUUUCGGGGCAGAAAUCCGUCUGGGUCAAUGGUGGAAAAGGUAAUAUUACCAUCAGCGUCUAG